AUGGAUUCUGAGUGGCAACAUCGAUGCAAAGCCUACCGCUUUGUGGCCUAUUCGGCCGUCGCCUUCUCCCUAGUCGCCAUCCUCGGAGCAGCAACCACUCUGCCGAUGGUUUACAACUACGUUCAUCAUGUGCGCCGCACGAUGCACUCUGAACUUAACUACUGCCGGACUUCUGCCCGAGACAUCUGGUCUGAAGUUAACACAAUGAAAAUCGCUGGCAACCGUACCGCUCGUCAAUCUGGAUAUUAUGGUGGUGGCGAUACUGGCGUCCUAGGAGGUGGCAAUACUGGAAACAUCGGAGGAGGAGGCGGUGGAGGAAACACUGGAGGAGGAAACGAUUGCAGCGCUUGCUGCUCUGGUGGAGCUGCUGGACCACCCGGCCAGCCAGGAAAUGCAGGACGACCAGGAAACCCCGGAGCACCUGGAGCUCCAGGAAACCCAGGAAGGCCACCAACACAGCCAUGCCCACAGUACACUCCUGCUCCAUGCAACCCUUGCCCAGCCGGGCCGCCCGGACCACCAGGAGCCCCAGGACAGCCUGGUGAUGCUGGACCUGACGGAAAUCCUGGACAACCCGGAGCUCCAGGAGGCCCAGGCACACCCGGACCUAAGGGACCACCAGGACCCAACGGAAAUCCUGGAAGCCCAGGAGCCCCUGGACAGCCUGGACAACCAGCCGUUUCCGUUCCUGCUACUCCUGGAGCACCUGGACCAGCUGGGCCUCCCGGACCUCCCGGACCACCCGGACCCAAUGGACAACCUGGAAACCCAGGUGCACCAGGUCAACCCGGACCCAAAGGACCACCCGGAGGCAAUGGUCAGCCUGGUCCAGACGGAAACCCUGGAACUCCAGGAGACAGAGGAACACCAGGAACACCUGGAGAACGUGGAAUCUGUCCCAAAUAUUGUGCUCUCGAUGGAGGUGUCUUCUUCGAGGACGGAACUCGCCGUUAG